AUGUUCAACAGGUUCAAGUUAGAUCUUGGGAAGUUUAAGGUUGAUCUUAAAGUACUUGGUGAUCUUCUAGUUUUAGCUGGUGCGGGUUUAUCAGUGUACUACUUAUUAAAUGCGAUAAUAAAUGAAUAUUUGGACAAUACGAUAAAGAAUAAGCUGGCGGAUAAGAAAGGUGCUGGGAUAUUGAAGAAGCUUCAGAGUAGCAAUCCUCACUUGAAGAAUAUAUCGCUCAAUCAGUAUGAGAAGUCGCUUCUUAGUUCCUUGGUUACACCUGAAGAGAUAUCCGUUACAUUUGAGGAUAUUGGAGGGUUAAAGGAUAUUAUCGAUGAGCUAAGAGAAGCUGUUAUUUUGCCCUUGACAGACCCCGAGAUAUUUGCGGCGCAUCUGAACUUAAUCAGCUCGCCCAAGGGCGUAUUGUUUUACGGCCCGCCCGGCUGCGGCAAGACUAUGUUGGCCAAAGCUAUUGCUAAGGAAAGUGGCGCCUUUUUCCUUUCGAUCAGAAUGUCGACUGUUAUGGACAAAUGGUACGGAGAGUCAAAUAAAAUAACUGAUGCUAUAUUCUCGUUGGCAAACAAGUUACAGCCAUGUAUAAUAUUUAUCGAUGAGAUUGAUUCCUUUUUGAGAGAUAGAUCAUCAAGUGACCAUGAGGUGAGCGCCAUGUUGAAAGCCGAGUUUAUGACAUUAUGGGACGGCUUAAAGUCGAACGGGCAGAUUAUGGUCUUGGGAGCAACAAACAGGAAGAACGAUAUCGACGAGGCGUUUUUAAGAAGAAUGCCAAAAACGUUUGCUAUUGGGAAACCCAAUGCAGAACAACGCAAAGCCAUUUUAUCAAAGAUACUUAAAGAUGCCAAAAUCGACAAGGAGAAAUUCGAUUUGGAUUAUAUCGUUCAAAACACAAGAAAUUUUAGUGGUUCAGAUUUAAGAGAGUUGUGCCGAGAAGCGGCAAUUUUACCAGUGAGAGAGUAUAUCAAGGAAAACUAUGAUUACAAAAAUGGCAAACUCAGUCGAGAUGAAAAUGACGACUUGCCAGUUAGAGCAUUGAAAACAUCUGAUUUUGAAAAAGUCAAGUCUGUUGCCUCUGCUGAAAUGACAAGUAUUUCAAGUCUAGCACUUGAUUAA